UGACAACUCCUUCCACACACUCGAACACUGUGGUUGAGUCAGUCACUUGUGUUGAGCCGUUCACCAAAAACAACCGGAAAAUAUGGGUUUAUUUUCUAAAUCUCCGUCAAAAAGCCCUAAGGAUCAGGUGAAUGAGUGGUGCGGCCGAAUAAGGAAGGAGGGUUAUGGCUUGGACCGCCAGAUUAGAGCCAUCCAGCGUGAGGAAGAAAAAGUUAAACGCUCAAUGAAGGAAGCUGCUAAAAAAGGUGAUAAAGAUGUAUGCCGGAUGCUUGCCAAGGAAAUUAUACAGUCACGAAAAGCUGUUACUCGGAUUUACACGAGCAAGGCUCAUCUCAACUCUGUACAGUCACAGAUGAAGGCACAGUUAGCUACUCUCCGUGUUGCGGGCUCUCUGCAGCAGUCAACGGAGGUGCUGAAGGCCAUGCAGGAGUUGGUCAAGUUGCCCGAGAUCAGCAAGACAAUGCAGGAGAUGAGCCGAGAAAUGAUGAAGGCUGGCAUCAUCGAGGAGAUGCUGGAAGACACCAUGGAGAGCCUCGAGCCUGAGGAGAUGGAGGAGGAGGCCCAGGAGGAGGUUGACAAGGUGUUGUGGGAGAUCACAGCUGGCCAACUGGGCAAGACACCAGCCAUGGUGAGUGAUGCACUGCCAGCAGAGCCUGAAGGAGCAGCUGCCCUCGCUCCAGAAGAAGAGCCAGAGGAAGACAUGGAGGAGAUGAGAAAUCGUCUGGAAGCUCUACGUAGCUGAGCAGCAGGUGUGAGUGAACUAGAUCCCUGAUGUGCAACCCAACAGUCUGUGCCCACAUCCCCUCGAGUCCGCUUUCUCUGGUCUACCAAAUGCCAUUUUAGUGCCUGUCUCUGUAUGUUGCAUGAAAUUGGGUAGAAUUGAUCACAUGCUGCAUUACUUCCAACCCUCGCUACACAUACUGUACCAGGUAUGUUGAGAUUUUCUAAGUCUCCCUCAGCUGAAAAAGGUUCCACAUCCCUGAACUAGAUGAUGCUGUUAAAGUAAAUUUCAGUAUUGUAAAUUAAUAUCAUCUCAUAGCUGCUUCCAAAAGUCUAUUCUUUUUUUUUACCACAAGUAAUGGGAAAAAAUAGUCUGUUGGAACUGUUUCUUUGAAAAGAAAUCGUAAUUGUCACAAGUAUUAGUUCAGCUUGGCCAAAACUAAUCUCAAUACUCACAAACAAACAAACAAACUCAUGUUUAUUUGUGUUUUGUGAUUAUUUAGUUUUUAAAAAUCCUAAUCCAGGUAAAACUGUAUAUAUGGUGCAGUGCUUGUAAAUUAUGGAUUUUGGUCAAGCAUUCUGCAAGACUUAAGUGAUGUAAGGCUUUCAA